UGAACUGAUCGGUUUGUGGGUAGGACAGCAGCUAAAAACAAACCGAAAAGAAGGGUAAUUUGUGUUUCUGUUUCUCUUAGAGGGAAACGCUCAUCAACAGGCCUUUCAUUAGAAGGAAAUGUUUCAGUAGGACUCAUUUCUUCUGACACAUCAUCAUAAUGUCGGGGAACAGCCUGGUUCUGCCCAUAGUGCUCUGGGGCCGCACAGCUCCUACUCACUGCAUCAGCAGCCUGCUGGUGAUGGAUGACUUUAGCACCAUCAUCACCGGCUGCCAUGAUGGACAGAUCUGCCUCUGGGACAUGACACCCGAGCUGAAGAUUUGUCCCAGAGCCAUGUUGUUUGGACACACAGCCUCCAUCACCUGUCUUUCUAAAGCCAGUGCGUGCAGUGACAAGCAGUACAUCGUCAGUGCAUCAGAGAGUGGGGAGAUGUGUUUAUGGGAUGUAAGUGAUGGACGCUGCAUUGAGUUCACUAAGCUGGCCUGUGCUCACACUGGUAUUCAGUUCUAUCAGUUCACCAUCGGCACUCAAAGGGAGGGACGUCUGCUUUGUAACGGCCAUUACCCAGAAAUCCUUGUGGUGGAUGCCACCAGCCUGGAGGUCCUGUACUCGCUGGUGUCUAAGAUUUCUCCUGACUGGAUCAGCUCCAUGAGCAUCAUCCGAUCCCACCGCACACAAGAGGACACAGUGGUGGCGGUGUCAGUGACUGGGAUUUUGAAAGUCUGGAUCAUCACAGCUGAGGUCAGCAGGAUGCAGGACCUGGACCCAGUGUUUGAAGAAGAGUCCAAACCCAUUUACUGUCAGGGCUGUCAGAGCAUUUCCUUCUGUACCUUCACUCAGAGCAGCCUGCUGGUCGUCUGCUCCAAGUACUGGAGGGUGUUUGAUGCAGGUGACUACUCGCUGCUCUGCUCGGUGCCCAGUGACAAUGACCAGGCCUGGACAGGAGGGGAGUUCAUCGCUGCAGACAAAGUCAUCAUCUGGACUGAAGACGGCUGCAGUUACAUCUACAAGUUGCCUGCCAGUUGUCUGCCAGCUAGUGAACAUUUCCGCAGUGAUGUUGGGAAAACCAAAGAAGGCUCGAUCCCUCCUCUGGUAUACAGCAUCGCUAACUGCUCAGACAAACAGCUCCUAAUCUGUCCUCCUGUGACUCGGUUCUUCUUCGGCCGGCGGGAACCUUUCCACAAACUGCUGAUCCAGGGAGACUCAGCAGGCAGACUGUCGCUGUGGAGCAUCCCAGACACCUCACCUCUGCAACCGCUGUCGACCGCUGCUGAGCUGCAGGUGUCGUCCACCAUCAGUCUCCAGGAGGCGUUUGAUAAGUUGACCCCUGUGUCUGCAGGGAUCAUUGAUCAGCUCAGUGUCCUGCCUGGCAAAGAAGAACCCAUCAAGGUGACGGCCAGCGUAUACAUCCCCUCUCAGGGUCGACUGGUGUGUGGGAGAGAAGACGGCAGCAUCAUCCUGGUCCCUGCCACUCAGACAGCCAUCGUUCAGCUACUGCAGGGGGAGCACAUGCUCCGGAGAGGCUGGCCGCCCCAUCGCACCCUGCGAGGUCACCGGAACAAGGUGACAUGCGUCCUGUAUCCGUACCAGAUCUCACCCCGAUAUGACCAGCGCUCGCUGGUAUCCGGAGGAGUGGACUUCUCCGUCAUCGUCUGGGACAUUUUCACCGGAGAGAUGAAGCACAUCUUCUGUGUCCACGGAGGAGAGAUCACCCAGCUCAUCAUCCCCCCCGAAAACUGCAGCACUCGGGUGCAGCACUGUGUCUGCUCGGUGGCCAGCGACCACUCUGUCGGCCUGUUGAGUCUCAGAGAGAGGAAGUGCAUCAUGCUGGCGUCGCGGCACCUCUUCCCCAUCCAGGUCAUCAAGUGGCGUCCGGCAGAUGACUACCUGGUGGUGGGAUGCUCUGACGGCUCCGUCUACGUCUGGCAGAUGGAUACAGGAGCCUUGGACCGCUGUGUGAUGGGCAUAACGGCAGUAGAGAUCCUGAACGCCUGUGACGAGCUAGCUCCGGCCACCGUGGACGCUCUGAGCCACUCUGCGGUGAACCUGAAGCAGGCGAUGACUCGCCGCAGUCUGGCGGCUCUGAAGAACAUGGCCCAGCACAAACUGCAGACGCUCGCCACCAACCUGCUGGCUGCAGACAACGCUGACAAGGGCAACCUGCCGAAAUACUCUCAUAACGCCCUGGUGGUCCAGGCGAUGAAGACCAACCUGACAGACCCUGACAUGCACGUGCUGUUCUUCGACGUGGAGGCAGUGAUCAUUCAGCUGCUGACGGAGGAAGCCCAGAGACCGAACCCCACGCUGGUGUCUCCAGAGACACUGCAGAAGAGCCAGGCUGGGGCCGACAAAGGGGGUUCCUUCCUGGCCAACAAGAUCUUCAAACAGGUCAAGGAGACGAUGAAGGAAACCAUAAAGGAGCACCUGCUGGACGAAGACGAGGAGGAGGAGGAGGAGAUGAGGAGGCGCGAGGAGAAGUCCAAGUCUCUGAGUCUGCUGGAGUACAACCUGACGAUGGACACGGCUAAACUCUUCAUGUCCUGCCUGCACGCCUGGGGUCUCAACGAACAGCUGGACGGCAUCUGUCUGGAGCGACUGGGCAUGCUCAGACCACACUGCCCCAUCUCCUUCGGCCUGAUCUCCAGGGGAGGUCACAUGUCCCUCAUGCUGCCCACCUUUAAGGAGUCCUUGCUGUCUCAGUUGUCCCUGGUGACGGGUCGGAAGCUGACUCUGUCAGACAUCGUAGGGAAGGGGACGUACGGCGUAUCAAGGGCUGUCACCACGCAGCACCUCCUGUCUGUUAUUUCACUGGCCAACACUCUGAUGGGCAUGACCAACGCCACCUUCGUUGGGGAGCACAUGAAGAAAGCACCGGCCAGGCCUCCCAGACCAGGAGGAACCCCGGAGUCUCCUCGUAGGACGCCGGCCGCCCCCCCUCAGCCCUCCUGCCCGGCGCUACAGGCCCAGAUCAAACAAGGUUGGAGCCAGCUGGCAGCCAUGCACUGUGUGAUGCUCCCUGACCUCCUCGGCCUGGACAAGUUCAGACCUCCUCUGCUGGAGAUGUUGGCGAGGAGAUGGCAGGACCGCUGUCUGGAGGUGCGAGAAGCGGCACAAGCCCUUCUGUUGGCUGAGUUAAGAAGGAUUGGCCAAUCAGGACGCAAGGACACCAUCGACAUGUGGGCUCCCUACCUCCCUCAGUAUGUGGACACAGUCAGUUCCCCCGGGACGGCCACAGAGCCCUCCCCUCCGGCCCCGCCCCCUCCUGAGGCCCAGCCGGUAGAAACCAAGGCUCCUGAGGAGGAAAUGGACGUCACUGACGACGACAUCACAGCAGGUUGUCUGUCCAACCUUCCACCAAACGCCAAGAAGAUCUCCAACUCGUAUGAGGAGCGGCGUAAGCAGGCCACCGCCAUCGUGCUGCUGGGGGUUAUUGGGGCUGAGUUCGGCGCAGAGAUCGAGCCGCCAAAGGGGGCUGCACGGGCUCGGGCCGGUGGACAGGCUCCAGAGGGCUUUGGCUUGACAAGCGGAGGGUCUUCCAACUACUCACUGGCCAGGCACACAUGUAAGGCACUGACCUUCCUGCUGCUGCAGCCCCCGAGCCCCAAGCUGCCCCCCCACAGCACCAUCCGCCGCACCGCCAUCGAUCUGAUUGGCCGAGGCUUCACUGUCUGGGAGCCGUAUAUGGACGUGUCAGCGGUGCUCAUGGGACUGCUGGAGCUCUGUGCCGAUGCAGAGAAGCAGCUGGCCAAUAUUACCAUGGGUUUGCCCCUCAACCCGCCGGCGGAUUCAGCUCGCUCUGCCCGCCACGCCCUCUCUCUUAUCGCUACUGCCCGGCCGCCCGCCUUCAUCACCACUAUUGCAAGAGAGGUUCAUCGAUACAACGCAGCCCAGGCGAACUCUCAGUCACAGCAGAAUGUUCACACCACCACUCUGGCCAGAGCCAAGACGGAGAUACUGCGAGUGAUUGACAUCCUGAUAGAGAAGAUGCCUGGAGACGUUGUGGAUCUACUGGUUGAGGUGAUGGACAUCAUCAUGUACUGCAUUGAAGGUUCUCUGGUGAAGAAGAAAGGACUGCAGGAGUGUUUCCCUGCUAUUUGCAAGUUCUACAUGGUUGGUUACUGUGACCGCAGUCACCGGAUCGCAGUCGGAGCUCGCCAGGGUUCAGUGGCUCUCUACGACGUCCGUACCGGAAAAUGCCAGAACAUCCAUGGUCAUAAGGGUCCAAUCACAGCGGUGUCCUUCGCCCCCGAUGGCCGUUACCUAGCGACAUACUCCAACGUUGAUAGCCACAUCUCCUUCUGGCAGAUGAACACCAGUCUGCUGGGCAGCAUCGGGAUGCUGAACUCGGCCCCUCAGCUCCGCUGCAUUAAAACCUAUCAGGUUCCUCCAGUGCAGCCGGCAUCCCCGGGCUCCCAGAAUCACCUGAAGCUCGCCCGCCUCAUCUGGACCUCCAACCGCAACGUCAUCCUGAUGGCCCAUGACGGCAAGGAGCACCGCUUCAUGGUCUAAACCAGAUCUGUAUCUCCAGCUGAGCCCCCCCUUCUUGUAUCUGACAAACCUGCACCUUUUUAGGUUUUAGUUUUUUUAUUUUUUUGGCCGCAGCAUAGAUUCAGUCAUUGGUUUCUGUAGUUUUAGCUCCCAAAUCCUGAGCUGCUGCAUCAGUCAGUCAAAAGAGUGUAAAACAAGCUAAGCUGAUGGUAUUCAAAGUAGUAUUCAAACUGCAGUUUGAGCAGAAAGGUAAAAACCCUGCUCGGGUCCAGGUUAGGACUGGAUGACUUUAUCCCCUGUAGUGAUAAUUGUGAGUGAACUCGCUCUAAUGUAUUUAAAGGCCAUCACAGGAGGCUUGUUUACAUUUUAAACUGCAUCAAUGUGUUUUUAGUCAUUCACACCUUCUCGUCAUUCCUAUUUAUUUGCUGUUAUUGUCUCAUGUCACAGAUGUUGUUGGCGUUCUUGCCACAGCCAGUUUGGGUCCCGAUUGCUGCUGUUUAAAGUCGGCCUUUGACUCACAGCCAUUUGGCGUUAGUUUUUAAGUUUAUUUCAGUGCUCAAUAAGAGAAUCUUAUUAUUAUUAAAUGUUUUGAAACUUAUUGCAAGUAUUUGUGGAUUUACUUUGAAGAAACACUCACAGGAACAUGGAUUUAACAUAGGGACUCAAAAUGAAUUGAUCUUUGCCAUCUUUUUUUCCCCCAUUUUCUGCUUUUUACAAAACAACCUAAAAGGAAAAUCUUUAGUUUUCACUGCUGGACUGCAUCAUUUCUCGUAGAUUGUUGAGAAAGUUUAAAAGAAAUUUUCCACUGCCCUCUUGAAGCUUUUGCUUCGACCUUUGUAAGACAAGAACACACUUUUCACAUUUGUGUGUGUGUGUGUGUGUUUGUGUGUGUAUGUGUGUGUGUAAGUGCUUCGGUGCUUGCUUUUACUUUUGUGACACCUUGGAAGCUUUUCCAUCCUCUCUGAGCUUCAUGCAGAAAUGUGUGUGUAUGUGUCUACACCCAAGUGUAUUUUCACCGUUAAACACACAUUCUCACUUCAGAUUGUUCAUCCUAAAAGCAUGAUUGCAGUAAACCUUUAGUUGCUGGAGGUGCAGCGGUGCUCACCCCGUAUCUAUAAAAAGACACCAAAGGACACAAACUAACAGAGCAGUGGCCACUAGAAUCAAUGUUACAUCUUCAGAUGCAUCAGAAAUGCAAACAAGGGACUUUAAAUUAGAUAAGUGGCCCCUUUGUACCUGGAACUAUUUGGUAAGAAAGGUGCAUAAGACACUUUGAUAAUUGUCCAUCAUGAAUUUGGUCAUUUGUCCUCACAAUGCACGUCUGCACAACUCUGAUCUGAACUCUGUUGACUCUGAUAGUUUUGUCCCUCAUUAUGUCGAUCUCAUUCAGCUUGCUGUCCUUGGCCUCCCUGUUUUAUUCAGUAACAGUUUCCACAAUUCCUUGUGUCCACAUUUUGUCCACUUUUUGUCUUGAUUUUCGUCUCACGAGGAUGCCAGGACAUUUCCCUGAGUUCUUUCUGUCUCUUUCGGGAUGUAGACACUUUCCUGAAGGUUUGUCUGUUUGAAGGAAAACAGCCCGUUUCCUUGCCUCGUUUUACCCCUCACUUCUGUUUUCUGGGAGAUUGUGUUUCUUUGCAGAUGAUGAUGGUUAAUAUUAGACUGAUAGAUGUGAAGGCUGCUCUUUAUCUUUCUGCUUUCCUCUUGUCAUUCAUCCUGCUCACAUCUGACUUUUAGGAGAGUAUCUCUAGAUAUAAAUGUGUACAUAUACAGUAUAUAUAUAUAUAUAUAUAUAUCAUCAGAACUGCUGUGUUGUGUAGCCUAGUGUCAACCUUGUACAGUGAGUGUCGAUCUUGUUGUGUGUAUUUAUUGUGGCUAACGUAACUGUCUGCCUGGCACUGACUAGUUCUUCAGAUAAGCAAACUUUUCAUCUAAGUCAAUUUUAAAAAAUGAUAUUUUGACAUUUGAGUUUGAAUUUCUUUAAAAGUUACUUACAAAAUAGUUAGAGCGUUUUCCUUUGUUUUUAACAAGGUAAAUUAAGUGGCUCAGUUUAUUUAACAAUACUUGAAAGGCCAAAAAAUGGCAAUAUCUUCUUAUGAUGUUAAAAAUACCUGAACAAAUGGAAAAGCAAGAGAAAAUUCAAAAUUUCAUGGUGUUCCAUUUUCAUCUGUAGGUGUUUUACGUCAUUUCACAGUUGAAUAUUUAUUUUUCUCGGUGCAUCAUGAAAGAAAACUGCAACUCUUCUCUUAAAUGCUAUAUUAACAUCCCUUGUUAAUAGCAGUGAAUACAACAAGGCAUGAAGUAUCUGGUUAGCCUGGAGCUAACCAUACCCAUCACUUCUUAUGAGAAAUGCUAACAUCUGUAACAGCUGUUUAAAGAGAAACCUAACAGCAACUUAGUCUUCUCAUCUUAUGGUUGAAGACAUGUUUUUGCACAUUAUACCUGGACAGUCAGUCAGGACCUUCUUGCUUUAAAAAGUUCUUUUAGUGCUCAGAGUUUUAUGCAGAGAGAGAAAUAUAUAGGAGUGUACAUACAGAUACGAUAUUUAUAAAGUGACAGCUUUCUGUCAGUAUCACACUGCGUCUAAAUGUUUUUAUUUUGACUUUUUGUGACUCUCGGAAGCAGCUGGCAUAUGUUUGAACACUUGCUUUGCUCCUGUCUUUUCCUCUCUUCCUUCUCCUUCCCUCCCCUCCUCUGUCCUCCCUCCUCUCCUCCCUCCAUCUCCUGUCAGUUUCAUUAGUGCUGUCAGAAAGCUUCUAACACCGUUACACACCUGUAAACCCGAGUGUGUCAAAGCUUUUCACAAGUUCUUCCACUCUGGAAAAAAAAAAAAAAAUCCAGCAGCUUGUCACACACUAACACACACACACACACACACACACACUUCUUCAAGUCCAGCCAGCUUUGGACCGCCUGGUCCAGACAGCUUUGAGAUCUUGAUUUUACGUUUUCUCCAGCACUCUUAACAGUUUGAGAAAAUAUGUUUUUGGCAGCCUCUCGGGGGAGGAAAGGUGAGAAAAAUAAAGAAGGCAGAGAGGAAGAGCUGAAGAGUAAGUAACAAGCGAGGAAGAUCAGGUCAACCACCCAGAAAAGGAAGGUUCUUUGGUGAAGGUAGUGAACCGAAAUGUCUGAAAGAACCUUGUGGUUUUUCUUCGAGUACAACACAAACAACAUGUGUUGCAGUUACUGAAAAUGUCUCAGAGUACUGCAGGUUUUCAACAUUUGAUACAUUCAGAAAACGGAUCUUCUCGGUUUUGUACAGAAUCACUCUGACGAAGCUCUGUGACUAGUUGACAGAAACAUUUUUUACAUUUUAGCUCAUUUUUAGGUCCCAUCCUCCUGUUUUCUCCUUCUUCCUUUUCCUGUCUCCUGUGAGGUUGAACAUGUGGAGCAGCUUCUUCAGCUGCAACACAGGAUUUCCCUGUUUUCAGCCUAUAUGUUGUUUGAUGGCCAGCUUGUUUUAAAACGUGUCUGCUUACUUUCAUUUCAUUUCUGAAUAUCACACUAAAUAUAAUCAGCAUUUUUUUUCUUCUUAAUUUUGUUCUGAUGUGAUUAUAUAUUUAUUAAGUGCAGUAAACUCAGUCUAGAUAUUUAAGGGUGUGUGUGUAUGUGUGUGAGUGUGCGUGAGUGUAUGAUGUAGUGCAUGUAUACAAGCUUUCCUUGAUGUAACACAGAGCAGGUUGAAUCUACAGUGCAUCAUAUAAACAACGUGUGAAAAUGUGUUGUUGUUGUUGUUGUUGACUUUGUGUCCAAUAAAGAUGAAAAUUAGA